UAGACUAGGUAUAUGAUACAUGUGGGUGCAGACACCGCGGAACAAUACGCGUGUGUUAUGUAGUGUGACUGAGUGCCUGACCGCGAGCGUGCAACGUUCGCAGAAACAAUUUCCGUACCCGCACGGGAAGGGGAGCAGGAGAGGGAUGCGGGAAGCAUGCGAGGAGACGGGUCACUAAAUAGAGAAGGGGUAGCCAGUGUGCGCGAAACAGAAUGUACCAAGUACGGGAUGCGAGACAAAACGAGGACCAGGACAGAACGAGCGGGGCGCGACCGACCGUCUAUUCGACCACAGCCCUGCGGCGAAAAGGAGACCACAACGGCGCUUCUGGGGUAGGAAUACGAUAGCAGACGACUACUGAUAUGCCCGGG